CUAAUUACUGACAGCAGCAGCAGGAAGUCGGAAGAGGAAUUCUCCGUGCACACUUACAUGCGAUGGCAUCUGCUGAUCUGAGACAGGAGCUGGUCUGUUCCAUCUGCCUGAGCACUUAUACAGAUCCUGUAACCCUGAGAUGUGGCCACAACUUUUGCCGGGACUGUAUUGAUCAUAUGCUGGAUGUACAGAAGGAGUCUGGAGAGUAUAGCUGCCCUGACUGCAGAGCAGAGUAUCAGGAGCGCCCUGCCCUGGAGAAAAACAGGAAGCUCUGCAACAUAGCAGAACAUGUCCCCUCUAUUACAGAGGAGGGAACCGGGGUGUUCUGCACUUACUGUGUCCAAUCUCCAGUACCUGCUCUUAAAGCCUGUCUCAAGUGUGAGGCUUCUCUGUGUGAUACACAUUGGAGGACACACAACAAGUCAGCAGAACACGUCAUAGUCUGAUCCAGUGACUGUCUUACAGGAACCAGACACAGGGGACUUAUGUGAUACUGAGGAGCUGUGUAACAUGUCUGAUCCAGUGACUGUCUUACAGGAACCAGACACAGGGGACUUGUGUGGUACUGAGGAGCUGUGUAACAUGUCUGAUCCAGUGACUGUCUUACAGGAACCAGACACAGGGGACUUGUGUGGUACUGAGGAGCUGUGUAACAUGUCUGAUCCAGUGACUGUCUUACAGGAACCAGACACAGGGGACUUGUGUGGUACUGAGGAGCUGUGUAACAUGACUGAUCCAGUGACUGUCUUACAGGAACCAGACACAGGGGACUUGUGUGGUACUGAGGAGCUGUGUAACAUGUCUGAUCCAGUGACUGUCUUACAGGAACCAGACACAGGGGACUUGUGUGAUACUGAGGAGCUGUGUAACAUGUCUGAUCCAGUGACUGUCUUACAGGAACCAGACACAGGUGACUUGUGUGAUACGGAGGAGCUGAGUAACAUGUCUGACCCAGUAAUUGGUGUAGAAAAAGGGUCCGAUAUAGGGGAUUCUGAGGAGGUAGAGAUACAUAAGGUAGGAGAUCUGGAUGUGGGUCUCAUCUCAGGGACGUUACGCACAUUACCUGAUAUAAUAACAGGGAUAAAUGUGUGUUUCUAUGUGCAGGACCCUGCAGACAUAUUACUGGAUGUAGCCACAGCUUGUAAUAAUAUACAGAUAUCAGGUGACAGGAAAACUUCAUCAUGGUCAGAUAGAAACCUGAAUCGCCCAGUAACACCAGAGAGAUUUGAGUGUGAUCAGGUAAUGAGCACCUGGGGAUUCUCCUCAGGACGACAUUACUGGGAGGUGGAUGUCAGUACGUCCAUGUGGUGGGGGGUGGGGAUGUGUUACCCCAGUAUAGGCAGGAGAGGAUGUGGGCCACACAUUGGCGAGGAUGACAAGUCCUGGUGUCUGUAUAGGAUGGGUAAUCAGUACAUAGUGAUACAUGACAACACAGAGAUCCGGUUACCUAACAAUAUCCCCUGUGACAGAGUGAGGGUGUAUCUGGAUUAUGAGGCAGGACAGCUGUCCUUUUAUGCUCUGCGUGACUCCAUCAGACACUUACACACCUACACUGCCACCCUCACUGAGCCCCUCCAUGCUGUGUUACAUGUAUCCGAAUGUGAGUCUAUAACUGUAUGUGAGGGAGUCAGAAGUUGGAAGACAUCACCAUAAGAAAUCUGCCCAGAGACUGGUGACAUCACAGGGAGGGGAAUUUGAUGGUGGGACACUCAGCCAAUAGAAUGAGGCUGUGGGAGGAGCUACAGCUGUGUAUAUUAUGCUGGCCACACACCAGCCUACUUCUUCCCAACGUGUGUUGUCACAGUAGUAGGCGGGCAGUGUGUGCAGACCUCUGCGUGUUAAGUGUGGAGUGGUGACAAUGCCAGGGAGUAGUAGUGACAGUGUCAGGGAGUAGUAGAGGAUGAUGCAUAGUGACAGUGUCAGGGAGUAGUAGAGUAUGAUGCAUAGUCACAGUGUCAGGGAGUAGUAGAGGACAAUGACGAUGCAUAGUGACAGUGUCAGAGAGUAGUAGAGGAUGACGCAUAGUGACAGUGUCAGGGAGUAGUAGAGGACAAUGACGAUGCAUAGUGACAGUGUCGGGGAGUAGUAGAGGAUGAUGCAUAGUGACAGUGUCAGGGAGUAGUGGAGGAUGAUGCAUAGUGACAGUGUCGGAGUAGUAGAGGAUGAUGCAUAGUGACAGUGUCAGGGAGCAGUAGUGGAUGAUGCAUAGCGACAGUGUCGGGGAGUAGUAGAGGAUGAUGCAUAGUGACAGUGUCAGGAAGUAGUAGAGGAUGAUGCAUAGUGACAGUGUCGGGGAGUAGUAGAGGAUGAUGCAUAGUGACAGUGUCAGGGAGUAGUAGAGGAUGAUUCAUAGUGACAGUGUCAGGGAGAAGUAGAGGAUGAUGCAUAGUGACAGUGUCGGGGAGUAGUAGAGGAUGAUGCAUAGUGACAGUGUCAGGGAGUAGUAGAGGACAAUGACGAUGCAUAGUGACAGUGUCAGGGAAUAGUAGAGGAUGACGCAUAGUGACAGUGUCAGGGAGUAGUAGAGGAUGAUGCAUAGUGACAGUGUCAGGGAGUAGUAGAGGAUGAUGCAUAGUGACAGUGUCGGGGAGUAGUAGAGGAUGAUGCGUAGUGACAGUGUCAGGGAGUAGUAGAGGAUGAUGCAUAAUGACAGUGUUGGGGAGUAGUAGAGGAUGAUGCAUAGUGACAGUGUCAGGGAGUAGUAGAGGACAACGCAUAGUGACAGUGUCAGGGAGUAGUAGAGGAUGAUGCGUAGUGACAGUGUCAGGGAGUAGUAGAGGACAAUGACGAUGCAUAGUGACAGUGUUGGGGAGUAUUAGAGGACAAUGACUAUGCAUAGUGACAGUGUCAGGGAGUAGUAGAGGAUGAUGCGUAGUGACAGUGUCAGGGAGUAGUAGAGGAUGAUGCGUAGUGACAGUGUCAGGGAGUAGUAGAGGACAACGCAUAGUGACAGUGUCAGGGAGUAGUAGAGGACAUUGACGAUGCAAAGUGACAGUGUCAGGGAGUAGUAGAGGAUGACGCACAGUGACAGUGUCAGGGAGUAGUAGAGGAUGAUGCGUAGUGACAGUGUCAGGGAGUAGUAGAGGAUGAUGCAUAGUGACAGUGUCAGGGAGUAGUAGAGGAUGAUGCGUAGUGACAGUGUCAGGGAGUAGUAGAGGAUGAUGCAUAAUGACAGUGUUGGGGAGUAGUAGAGGAUGAUGCAUAGUGACAGUGUCAGGGAGUAGUAGAAGAUAGAUGAUGCGUAGUGACAGUGUCAGGGAGUAGUAGAGGAUGAUGCAUAGUGACAGUGUCAGGGAGUAGUAGAG